UUCCAAGUCAGUAGUGCAAUUGAGCUCUGAGCUUGAUGAAGCCUCAAGGAAUACACCCGACUACUACAAGUAUCAGCCAGCCCAAGAUGUCCUUUCGCGGCAAGAAUGCAGUGGUGACCGGCGGAGCUGGAGGCAUUGGUCUGCAGGUGUCCAAACAGCUCCUGGCCGCCGGAGCAGCGAAGGUGGCCAUCAUCGAUCUGCAGGACAACUUGGAGGAAUUUGUAAAAUUACGGGCGGCUCAUCCCACGCAGAGCGUCAUGAUCGUCAAGAUGGAUGUCGCCAACAAGAAGGGUGUGGAGGCCACCUACGAGGAGAUAGCCAAGACCUUUGGCAACAUCGACAUUGUGGUCAAUGUGGCUGGCAUUUUUAAUGACAAGGAUGUGCAGAGGACUCUGCUGGUGAAUCUGGGUGGCAUCAUCAACUCCACGCUGAGUGCUUUGCCCUACAUGGGCAAAGAUAACGGCGGCAAGGGUGGCAUUGUGGUCAACAUGAGCUCGGUGGUGGGUCUGGAUCCGAUGUUCAUCAUUCCCGUUUAUGGAGCCACUAAGGCGGGCAUCAUCAACUUCACCCGUUGCUUGGCGAACGAAAAGUAUUAUCAGCGAUCAGGCAUUAAGUUUGUGACUGUGUGUCCUGGAGCUACGAUGACGGAUAUGUUCACCAACUUCACGGAGAAGAUCAUCUUCCCGGAGACCAGUGACGAGACCUAUAGGAUCCUGGACAGAUUGAACAAGCAGAGUGCCGCUGAUGUCUCUCGCUGCAUUCUGAAUGUGCUGGAGAAGGAUAAGAACGGAGCUGUCUAUGUCAUCGAGGGCAAGCGCGUCUUUCCUUUGGAGAUGAAGGCCCAGUGGACGGGCAAGGAGCAGGCCCUUUAAGCGGGGUCAAAGUUCUUUAUAUGCUAAAUCAGCACACUAUAAACAUCUGAACAAGUUAUGGAAAUUAGUUAUUUAAUAAACAAACAAAGCACACUGAA